CCGAAACCGCACAAAAUGAACGGACGCACGCUUGUGGCGCUGGUGGCUGCCGCCGUGGGUCUUGUGGCGCUCGCGAUUGGAUCUCACCUAGCUUCUCGCCCGGGUGGCCACCUCCCUGGCGCUGUGGUCGCCGAGGGCUUGCUGCGACUGACGCUGGCGGCGGACCCGAUUUUCGUGUCGUUCUUUGGAGUCCGGUUCGAGGCCGCCCUGACGCCGCUGCUCUGGCCGCUCUACCGCUGGGCUGCCCAGUACGCCUACCCCGAUGUGGACAUUUACGAACACGGCCUGGGCGCGACGGCCUCUGACGGGCACAGCAUCCCGAUUCUCCGGUUUCAACGCAAAGACGUGGGACGUUUGGAUGAUCACCAGCUCAGUCCUGCUAUUAUUUAUCUCCAUGGUGGCGGCUUUGUCCUUGGAUCACCGAAAUUGUUCGCGGAACUGUUGGCCCAGCUUGCGCACGACUCUGGGUUUGUCGUUUUCGGCGUGGAUUACCGCUUGGCGCCGGGCGCAAAGUUCCCGGUGCCCACGACCGACGGACUUGCCGCUGUCACACACAUUGCACUCCAUGCCCAUUCCCUGGGAGUGGAUGAGACGCGAAUUGCCGUGAUGGGGGAUAGCGCGGGCGGCCUGAUGACUGCGUCGUUGGCGAUUCACUUUCGCGACUUUCCGCUCCAGCUGCAGCCCGACGGCCAGCCUGCGCGCCUCUUCCGCAUGUGGCAGCAAGUGUUGAUCAACCCGCCGACAAGCUCACUCGCAGGUCUGGAGCCGACAGAGUCCAAGACCCGCCUCCACAACGCCAUGGUUAUUCCGGACGUUGUGCUGGAGCAGUUCUUCUCGACCUACUUGGCCUCAAUUACAUGUCGGUUACCGCGAGCAGCAACGCCAUGUGUGGAUGUGAAUGAGACUGAGAGCUGGCUCUCUCGGCAUCUCUACCUGCUGGCUCCUGGAGAGCUCGCCGACCGCAACGCGCCCAGCGACUCGCCCUCCAGCGUGCAAGCCAAACUGCACUCGCUGCCUCCCGCGUUCGUCCUCGUCGCCGAGUACGACCCUCUGCGUGACGAAGGACUGGACUAUGCGCGUCAGCUUGCCCUGGCAGGCUCGGCCGUCACCCUUGUGGACGCUGAAGGACUGUCGCAUUCGUUUGUCAUGACCCCGCAGUGGUUUGGCGCCCGCGGUGUUCAGUUUGUGCGCGACAUUAGCGCGUAUCUUACCAGUCAAUUGUAAAUAGAUUUUCUACCAGCCAAG